AUGAAGCCAAAUGGGGCUGUGGGCCACCACCGAGGCCGGUUGUGGUCUGUGUUUGUGGCGGGGACCCACCAGACCCAGACGACAUGCUGGGACCAUCCCAAGAUGGCUGAGCUCUACCAGUCGCUAGCUGACCUGAACAACGUGCGGUUCUCGGCCUACCGCACAGCCAUGAAACUCAGACGCCUGCAGAAAGCCCUCUGCUUGGAUCUGCUGAGCAUGCCAAUAGCGUGCGAGGUGUUUGAGCAGCACAGUUUGAAGCAGAACGAGCACCUGCUGGACAUCUCCCAGCUGGUCACCUGUCUGACCAGCCUGUACCAGAAGCUGGAGCAGUGCCACGCCCACCUGGUCAACGUCCCGCUGUGCGUCGACAUGUGUCUCAACUGGCUGCUCAACGUCUACGACACCGGAGACGUUUCCUGUGCUAAUGCGCUCUACUGUUUGAUUGCCAGUGGACGCAGUGGAAAGAUCCGGACUCUGUCCUUCAAAACCGGAAUAAUCUCCCUCUGCAAGGCUCACCUGGAGGACAAAUACAGAUGUAAGUCCAGGCAGUCGGGAAGCUUGUUGAUGGAGGUUGUGCCUUUGAAAUUCCUUAUUACAUGGUACCGGAGCUAUUUCUCAAAUUACACACCAGACAUAUUUUCUUUGCAG